AUGAAUCCUAUUGGGAGUUAUAGCUACUAUUCCGAAGAACAGACAAUCUCAGUACCACAAGCUGCACGUCCGCAAAAUCCUGGUUACAAGUUGUAUGGGAAAAAUUUGCGCGAUUUAGAUGAUGUUGACUUUGAGGGGCUACUGUCUAAAUUGUCUCCUGAAGAACUUGAAGAUCUUAACAGCGAUUUUGAUCCUGAUAAUUCAAUGUUACCGCCAUCUCAACGUUGUCGGGACCAAACAACUAAGGCACCAACAGGGCCAUUCCAGAGAGAGAAGCUGCUGCAGUACUUAGAGGAAACAGCAAAGAAGGAAGAAGAUUGGAUUGAGCAUGUACCUUUCAGUCCGGGAACGAAAAGAGGUAAAAAAGUUUUGAAGAAUUUAGGAAGGACGAUUCCCAAACAACCAGGAGAAAUGGAAAUGCCUAUAGAACUUGACGUUGACGAUGACGACGAUGAAAUCGGAGAGGCUUUGGGCAAAGCUCAUGAAAAAGACCUUGUGGAUUUGGCUGGAAUAUUGGGGAUGCAUAACAUCUUGAGUCAGACUCAAUACCACAACGCGCUUCUUGGAAAAGGUCAAGAUGAACACAGUACAUUCAGCGGUGUGAUCCGGGCGUCGGAAUCAAAGGUGCUUCCCGAGGAACCUGAAAAUGAGACAGAUGUUGACGACUGCAUUAAGCGGUUAGAGAGUAAUGAUCCAGAUUUAAAGGAGGUCAAUAUAAAUAAUAUGAAGAGGCUAUCAAAGGAACGUAUUAAAAAAUUAAUUAAAGCAGCUUGUGCUAGUAAGCACAUUGAAAAGCUGUCUAUGGCUAAUACAGCGAUUUCCGAUCAGGAAGCGAGAGGUUUGGUAGAACUGGUAGAAUCAUCUCCAUCAUUGCGCAUGCUCAACAUAGAGUCGAAUUUCAUUUCCCCAGAAUUGCUUGCUAAACUUCUCCGUGCCACUUUGGUUACCCAAAAUCUGAUAGCAUUUCACGCAGAGAACCAGCGUGCUUCUGUUCUUGGCAAUCAAAUUGAGAUGGAUAUGAUGCUGUCGGUUGAAGAGAACGAUUCUUUAUUGCGUGUUGGGGUUGCAUUUCAGUCUAUGGAGGCUCGUCAUCGCGUUUCAGAAGCCCUUGAAAGAAAUUAUGAAAGACGUUUGAAACCAGAUGUUAUUUAA